UAUGAGUGAUGUGAGAUAUGAGUGAUGUAAGAUAUGAGUUGAAAGAUAUAUGAGUGAUGUGAGAUAAGAGUUGUAAGAUAUGAGCGACGUAAGAUAUGAGUUAUAUUAGACAUAAGUGAUAUGAGAUAUGAGAUAAGCUUUAUACGUGUAUAUCUUAUCUUCUCUGUAGAGAUAGAGCGCAUCGCUGAAUAUGCAUGUCCAGCCGAUAGCCUCGAGUGUGAAGAUGGGAGUGAACAGGUGGCGACGCUUGACUGCACGUGCACUGUCUGUGGGGUGGCCCUGCAGCUGCAAUGCAUCGACGCUGGUGACGGCACGUGCCGCGACCCCGACAGCAGGCGGGAGACGGGAGACAGGGGCGGAGGCGGGAGACCUCCCGGCACGAGACGGGAGACGUCCCGGCCGGAGACGGGAGACCUCCCGGCGGAGACGGGAGACCUCCCGGCGGAGACGGGAGACGUCCCGGCAGGAGACAGGAGACGUCCCGGCGGAAGCGGGAGACGUUCCGGGAGCACGAGACGCAGCGGUUGAAAUAAUUAGUCGACUUAAUUCGGCGGGAAUUUAUUUGCAUGAUCAAUCGAUUGAUUGAUUUUAUGUGAUUGAAUAAUUGAUUGAUUGAUUGAUUGAUUGAUUGAUUG